UUCUAAUAUGUAUCUUUUUAUAAAUGCAAGUAAAAAUAUAAAAAUAAGUUGUAAAUAAACAAACAAACAUAAAAGCAAUGUUCGAAUUAUGCCUAAUAGUGUCCCAAUAGUACACAAUAUAAAUGCUGUUCAUCCAAUUAAGUAUGAUUCGGAUAAAAAAAUAAAUGAAAAUGGCACCACAAACUGCAUUAAUGAAAUGUUAUUUUUUGUACCUAGUAGACAUGAAAAAACUGUUUUUAUUGAAGUCAAAGAUGAUAGAGUAAUUCAUGUUAAGCAAUACGCUCACAAUAAAGAGGAUCUUUUUAGUAAUGGAAUUGUCUGGAGGAGUCAAAUUUCAAAAACAUCUUCUGUUUUACUUUUUUUUGUUCAUGGAGUUGGUGCUUCAAGCCAAAUUUGGGACCAACAAGUUAACUAUUUUUUAAAAUAUGGUUACGACAUAAUUACAGUUGAUCUUCUUGGUCAUGGGUUUAGCUCCACCCCAAAAGAUUUUAAAGCUUACGAGUUUACUAAAUUAGCUGAAGAUAUUUUAGAUAUAUUUGAUAAAUUUUGUAAAAAUUCCAAUAUACUAAUUGGGCAUUCAUAUGGCUGUUCAUUUUGUACAUUAUUGGCUAAAGAAAGAGCACAUUGUGUUUCUAAGAUGGUUCUCAUUAGUGGUGGUGGACCUACUGCUCUUUUGCCUGAAAAGUGCAGCGCAUUUUGUCUUCCAAUGCCAUUAUUUUAUGUUUAUAAGCCAUUGCUUGUAAGAAUUUUUCGACGAAUGGCAUUUCAUGUGAAUACAGCAACAGUUGAAAUGAAUAAAAAUGCCACAUUUCAGAUUUCUUCGCGGACGCUCAAAGCUGUCAUGCAAGGACAAAAAUGGCCAUUUUCUAAUGAGCAGUAUUAUUCAGACAUACUAGUACCUAUAAUGUUAAUUCAUGGAAAAGAAGACAAAUUUAUUUCACUGGAAGAUGAAAUAUGGAUGAAAGAGACUAUAUAUGGUUCUGAGCUGAAGAUUAUUGAUAAUGCUGGACAUAUGUCUAUGGUUGAAUCACCAGCUGUUGUCAAUAAACAUAUUCAUGAAUUUCUAAACCGAGACUCCGGUUCUUGUUCGAGCUACCAUAAUGGAGAAAUUACACUUACAUCUUAACCUUACUGUUUUUUGCAUGGUUUUUUAUUUUGAUGCAACAUAUACACGAGUUAAAAAUUUGCUUUACAAUUUAAAGAGUUGUUUUCUUGUUUAUAAAAUAUUAUAUAGUAUAUCUUUAUAUAUGAAUCCUGCAUUUAAA